CAACAGUGCCCCUGUGCAGUGACGUACUGUGCAAAACAAAACCUACACACAAUACACUGCACCCUUCCUGAAAACAUCAUUUGGUCUGAGCACGGAAUUCCAGAGCCUAGGGCAGAACAAAGAGAAUAAGUCAAACCUACUAAAAGAAGACUGCUCAUUUAGAAGUCAGACUUUUACAACUGAAGAAAUGCCUCCACCUCGUGUGAACAAAAUACCCAAGAAUGAACCGGCGACAAAACCCAAAAUGGGCACUCUUGACGUCCCUUUGAAUUUCUUGGAUCAGGACUACAAGGAAUUGCAGAAGAUAUGCAUCACAAAUAAAAAAAGAUUUGUUGAUGAUAAGUUUCCUUCAGACAGCAGCUCCAUUGACCCAAAGAAGAAACUUGGAUUGGAUAUGCAACAAAUCGAGUGGUUGAGGCCAUCAAAAAUAGUGGCAGACCCUCAACUCAUUGUAAAGGGGGUUUCCAGGUUUGACUAUUCCCAAGGAUCUUAUUUGGGAAACUGCUGGUUUCUUGCUUCAGUUGGAGCUUUAACCUUUCAGAAGGAUGUCAUGGACCAGGUCAUGCCAGUUGACCAGUCAUUUGGUGAAGAUUAUGCUGGGAUAUUUCACUUUAGAUUCUGGAGAUUUGGGAAAUGGAUUGACGUUGUCAUUGAUGACAAACUGCCAACAAUCAAUGGCGAUCUCAUUUUUGUUCAUUCAAAAACAUCUAAUGAGUUUUGGCCUGCCUUGCUGGAGAAAGCUUAUGCCAAGUUGUGUGGCUCCUAUGCUGACAUGCAUGCUGGUCUUGUAUCUGAGGCUCUGUUGGACUUCACUGGUGGCAUUCACGUGUGCUUUGAACCAGCUAAAACUUCUAUUGACUUGUGGAGCUUGAUGGACCGUGCAGCCAAAGCAAAGGCUCUGAUGGCCUGCGGUACAUUUCAAGGGAAAACAUCUGCCAACACAGUAUUACCCAAUGGCAUUGUUCAAGGUCAUGCAUACACAGUGACGGGGGUUUUCAAGGUAACAUGCCAAGGAAAACCAGUAAGGCUGGUGAGAGUGUUGAACCCUUGGGGAAAAGGCGAGUGGAACGGUGCCUGGAGUGACAAGUCAUCGUUGUGGAACAAAGUGAGUGAGAAGGAGCGAUCCAUGUGUCGUUCUUUGGCCAAUGACGGGGAGUUCUGGAUGUCAAUGGAGGACUUCUCCAAAAACUUCGAAGACACUGAUAUUUGCUGCCUCAGUCCUGAUUUUCUGGACAAUUCCUCUGAAUGCAGCUGGACUUCCACAUGCUACAAUGACAGCUGGGUUGCUGGGACUACAGCUGGCGGCUGCCUCAAUAAUAAAGACUCUUUCUGGACAAACCCUCAGUUUCGGGUGAGGAUUGAGGAGCUUGAUAAGGCAUGUGCUAGUGGCCAGUGCCCUGAAAACAUACUGGUGUCCCUCAUGCAGAACCAUGAAAAAAGAUACAGAAGUGAAGUUUCUAACUACUCCAUUGGCUUUGGUGUUUAUGCGAUACCACCAGAGAUGAAAGAUGAGAAGCUCCCAGCCAAGUUCUUCUACCGCAAACGCCCGGUGGAAGAUAGUGGGAACUACAUCAAUACAAGACAUGUGAUGAAAUUCUUCAAGCUUGAACCAGGAGAGUAUCUCAUUGUACCAUCCACUUUCAGUCCUAACGAGUGUGCAAAAUUCAGGUUGUGUAUCUACUCAAAGAGUGAAUCCCAUAAGAGAAACAAAAAACCUGAGAUGACAUAUGUAUGAGGUCAUUAUCGGUGACCUAUCAGUGGGAUUCCAGUUAAAUGAAAACAAACAAACAAACAAAAAAAAAAACACUACUGCAAUACUGACAGUUUCAUAUAUCCAGUGCUAUAUACAUUCCCCUGGGGCUUUUUUUGAGGUUUUACAAGCAUUAAUGUUUCCCUUGUACUGUUUAUUUUAUGUAAUAUCUGCAUUUGUGAGCUGUGAAUUUAAUGUGUUAUUAGUAUAUAUACGUAAUGUUACUUUUACAGGGUUACGGUUAACUCUGAAAACACAUUCUGGAAAUGUACACUACUAAAAAAAUAAACCAUUUUUUUCAAACAA